CUUUGGGGUGUUUGCAGGGAGUUUCUAUGGGAACGGAGGAAAUAUUGAAUGGGGGAAUAGGCAGGCAAUUGUUGAGAAGAGAAGUUUCAAUUGAAUUCUGCACGAAAAAUGUCGUAUCGUGAGCUGAGAAACCUGUGUGAGAUGACGCGAAGCCUCCGAUACCCUCGCUUGAUGUCAAUUGAGAAUUUCCGGACCCCAAAUUUUCAGCUGGUGGCUGAAUUGCUGGAAUGGAUCGUGAAAAAAUUUGAGCCCGAAUCCAACCUUGACGCACACGAAGUCCAAACAGAAGCUGAUCGGGUCGCUUUCAUCAAGAACGCGGUACUCCUGAUGCUCCAAAAUUCGAGAAUCAAGAUGAAUCCAAAAAAGUUGUACCAGGCUGAUGGUCAUGCGGUGCAGGAACUCCUACCGGCCAUGAAGAUCCUCUACCAGGCCAAGGCAGAGGACCCGAACACUGAUAACUCGCCAAAAUGGACCCAAGUCAAGAAUAAGCUCUCGUCGAAGAUGCAGGAGGUCCGAAUCACUCGUCAGCUAUCAUCACAACUCCCGGAAACAGGUGCCCUGCUCAGUGAGCUGCUGUCCCGGCAGGAGUUCAUAUCUCAGCAACACGAGAGAGCCGCGUCACGGGCGGUACCACUUGCUGAGGCCGAGAAGGUGCUGCAGGCAACAGUGCAGAACAUCGCUCAGGAGACUGAGCAGCUAUCGAACAAGCUGAACAACGUGGCCAGCGAUGAGGCAGAGCUCGACGAGAAGAUAGAGCGAAAGAAGCGAGAGUACGAGCAGUUGCAAAAAAGAUUCGCAAAGCUACAGUCCUUCCGACCUCAGUAUAUGGACGAGUACGAGCGGUUUGAGGAGCGACUGAAGAAACUUUAUGAGGUCUACGUGCUGAACUUCCGCAACCUGUCCUAUCUGCGAAAAGUUCAUGAUGACUUGGCGAGGUCCGAGCGGCAACGGCAGGAGGAGCUGGAGAAGGCGAUGAGGAUGGCCGUUGAGAAAAUGCGGCUGGAGCAGGAGAAGAAGGAUGCCAUCGGACUCCACGACGACGACGGCUCCGACGCCCCCUUGGUGGACAGGAGGCAGUCUGUUCGCAAGGUGUACGGUAACAUGAUGGGUGGUGAUGCCUCUGAUGAUGAUGAGGACGAUGAGGAUGACGAGGAUGAUGAGAUCAUCAGGAUGGAUGAUAAUGUCGCGCAGCAUCACAAGAGAGAACUUCAUCGGCAGGAGGAGGAUGAGGAGAGAAGCGAGGCGGAUUAUAUGGUCGGGAUCACCACCGCCCACGUGGCCGACGACGCGAAAAGCGACUUGAGCAGUGGAGACGACUUCUGAGCUUCUUCUUGUGUUUUUUUUGCAAAACCCUUAAGUUUUUAUUAACCCCAGAAAAUAAAUGCACCUUUUU